UGUUGAUCUAGCUGAAAAUGUCUAUUCGGAAACUUUGCUCUAACAGGCUGAUCCGUCCGUUGGAUAAAACGUUUUGUAGAUAUUAUUCUCAAAGAAAGCUGACAAAUGCAGAAAUAAGAAAGAAAAGAAAUGCCCUGUUUGAGGAAGAGAAGGCUCGACAGCUUUCACUGGUGACACGGAUUGAGAAAAUAGAGGUGAAAUAUGAAGGCCAUCCUGAGCCAUGCACCUUGAUCAUGAACAAAGGACUAUCAACUCCGUAUCACUGCACCAUGCACCUGCAGGAAUUGUUGAUGGAUCGUUCAGUGGUGGCGAAAGUCAACGGUCAGUUGUGGGAUAUGCACCGUCCUCUUGAAGAAGAUUGUACUUUAGAACUUCUACAUUUCUUGGAAAAAAAACCAUUUGCUAGUAAUAAUACAUUUUGGCGUUCCAUGUCAUUUGUACUUGGUCACAUUUUAGAGACGGGCUUCAAGGAAGAUAUCCGAGUGGACCUGUGUUCAUUUUCUCGUCCAAAUGUAAGAAGUGGAAGUUUUGUGUAUGAUGCAAAUCUUGGCACUGCUACCACAGACUACACAAUAAAUGAGAGUGUGUUAAGAGGCUUGAGUGCAAUUGGAUAUCGACUUGGUGCACAGAAGUUACCAUUUGAACCUCUAUACGUGGACGUAGCUCUUGCGGAAAAGAUGUUUGUGGAUAAUCCAUAUAAGCUUCAACAGAUUCCGAGUAUUGCCUCAAAGUCCGAAAGUAAAUCACACGUGAAAGUGUAUCGAAUGGGGGAGCACAUCGACAUCAGCAAUGGUCCUUUGAUGUCAUCUACCUCGCAUAUAUCCAACUUCAGAGUCACAGCGAUUCACCCCAUCAUGACUGGCUAUGGGAUGUUACACAGAGUUCAGGGUUUGGCUAUACCGCACCCUCUGAAGCUACAUCACUGGGCAUUUGAUCUACUUGAUGAGCGUGCCUCAAAAUUGAAUGUUGAGGCUGCAUAUCCGUAUCUUCGUCAGGAGGAGGAGAGUGAAAUAUUAAUGAAAGAAUAGUCGUCAGAAGUCUCAAAUUUGUUGUUAAUUAAGUGCAUCUAUUAAAAGAAUUACAUAUACAGAA